AAAGAAAAACCUACAGACCUGGAGACAAGAAGCUCUCACAAAUGUAUUUUUACAUCUGCAAGAAAUUAGUUAUCAAAUGCUUAAUAGCACAGAAAUUCUCAAGUGGUUGCAGGAAAUUAUGAUCUGCAGGAAUAAAUUUCUUCUUUAAAAUAAGCAGGCAGAUAGAAGUUCCUGUCACUUUCUCCUUUUUUAUGGAGCAGGAUGUGAUACUGCUAGUGGAAAUACCAGUCAAAUGUCCAUGGGUCUUGAAGAGUCACUACAGACUCCUAGAGACUCUCUCCAGAAGGGAAAAGGGAGCUCCUCUAUGGAUAGUGCAGCAGUAUGCACUGGAAACCCCCCGAUUUGCCGACAAGCACAGACCAAACUAGAAGUGGCCCUGUACGUGUUUCUGCGGAACCCUGGCACUGAAGCUGUUCUGGUUGCCAUGUCCUGUUUCUGCCACCUCUGUGAGGAAGCAGAUACCCGGUGUGGGGUGGAUGAAGUGUCGGUGCAUAACCUCUUGCCCAACUCUAACACAUUCAUGGAGUUUGCCUGUCAGCAAUAUGAUGUCAACAGGCUUGGGAAGCUACACAUGCAAAAUGGGAACAAGCAACAAAACGAAUCCUUAGCUAUCCAAAAGCCCAAAUGGAAGAUGGCCAGGGUGUUUCACAGAAUUUUCAGAAAAGGAGCAACAGAGGUAGAGGAAAAUUAA